GCGGAAUUUAUAUGCUACAUUUUAGCUUCGCAUAAUUUCACGAAAUAGUAGUAAACGUGGUGAAGCAAUGUUUAAUCAUCUCUCUGGAGGCCGUCUCAAUGUACAACUACUUCAGGAAGCAGCUGCUCGAGAGUUAGUCGAGAUAUUGGACCGCUGCGAAGGAACCAAGGCCAUUAUCUGGGAUGAAUCUUUAGGUGGUCCAGUCGGCUUAGUUGCGCGGUAUACAUUCCUCAAAGAACAUCAUGUUACAAAAAUGUACCAGCUUCGGCCGGAGCCGUGGACUGACAUUGAUGUGAAAAACAUAAUAUUUAUCACCCGACCGAAUCAAACGCUGAUGGAUUACAUAGCAAAUAAUAUUCACGAAGAGGAACGGAAAAAUAAAGUUUGCAAAAAGGAAUACUAUUUGUAUUUCUUGCCAAAGAAAUCGUUCCUUUGCGAGAAACGCCUGCAGGUCAAAGGCGUUCACGGUAGUUUAGCAUACAUCGGAGAAUUCAAAUGCGAUUUCUUUCCAUUUGAUAACGAUUUUCUAUCCAUGGAACUUAAGGAUGCUUAUAAGGAUCUUUACAUCGAAGGCGACACUUCAAGCCUACACCAAUCGGCAUGUGCUCUGAUAGCGUUGCAAAAAAUGUACGGUCGCAUACCGAAAGUCUACGGUAAGGGAAGUUGUGCCCAGCGCGUGUGGGAACUGACGAAGGCAAUGGCUGACGAGGACGAAACUGUAUUGAACGGUUCAAGCUGUGAUAAAGGAGUAAUAGAUCAGAUGAUCAUACUUGAUAGGUCAAUCGACCUGAUGAGUGUGCUUGCGACUCAACUGACCUACGAAGGUUUGAUUGAUGAAAUUUUUGGCAUCAAUAACACUACCGUUAAUUUGCCAGGGGAAAAAUUUAGCUCCGGCGAAGGCUUUGCUAUGGAGAAAAACACCGAAAAAAGUCAGUUUAUUCUAAAUUCAAAGGAACAGCUGUUUGCCGAGCUGCGUGACAAAAACUUUAAUGCGGUUGGUGCAGUUCUCUCUCGACUGGCCAAAUCGAUACGCUCUAGAGCCAACGAGAAUCACGGCGAAAAAUCGAUUCAGGAGCUAAAAAAAUUCGUUGAAAGUUUACCACACAUCAAAGCCAACGAACAAUCCCUGGCAACGCAUACCAAAAUUGCCGAGCUUAUUAAGGAAGUUAUUUCAUCCGAUGCAUUUUUAGACGAACUCGGCUGUGAGCAAGAAUUCAUGAUGUGCUCUGAUGUUGACAAACCUAAUCCAUUUAUUGAAGAUUUAAUCGCAAAAGAAGCUCCCCUGCGCAACGUUCUUCGACUGAUGUGUAUGCAAUCCAUCGCCGGAUCUGGAUUAAAACCUAAGGUUUUGGACUACUACAAGCGUGAGCUUGUUCAGGUGUACGGUCUACAAACACUACUAACUAUCGGUAAACUUGAGAAAGCUUCUCUACUGAAACCACAAACCAGUACUCGAAGCUAUGCCGUUCUACGCAAAACCCUAAACUUGACCGCUGAAAAUCCAGAGGAAGUUUCUCCCAAAGACAUUUCCUACGUGCACAGCAUAUACGCGCCCCUUUCGGUACGCAUUAUCGAGCAGCAUCUGAAACCGAAUGGCUGGCAAGGGUUAAGCGACGUCCUGUCCGGUUUACCGGGACCAACUUUCGAAGACUUUCAGCCGGCCAUGACGUUGAACAAUCGAAGGGGCUCGUUUACGUCAGAAAUUUCCCAAUCGGACAUUCCACGUGUUGUAUUGGUGUUCUUUGUCGGAGGAUGCACCUUUGCGGAGAUCUCUGCCUUGCGCUUUCUUGCCCAGCAAGACGAGAACAAUGUGGAGUUCGUUGUGUGCACUACCAAGUUAGUGAACAAGAACAGUUUUCUUGAUGCUUUUAUCGAAAAAAUUAAGUAAGAUGCAAGCAGUCUUUUCGUGCAACAUUAUAGCCGUUGACCAUAUAUAG